UGUAGGCAGGUAAAAUUCGUCGCUUUGCUGAAUAUAAUUUAUUUUCUUAAAUGGUUUUCAAUACGAUUAUGGCUGUAAAAUAUUUAGAAUAUUACCUAUGAAAUGUUUCUUCAUAUAAUUACAACAACAGGUCGUAUAUAAUGAAUUGUUUAAGAUAAUAAAACAUCUGUAAUGAUUACGGAAAUGUUUUGUACGUCGAGAAAUGGAGCGACAACAUUGUAAUACACUUCAAAACUUUGAUGAACCAAAAACUGAAAUAUUAAAAAAAAGAUUGCUGAAGGCUACGAACACUUCCGCUAGUGUUAAUAUUCCUCAGAAUAGUGCGCACAAUGUGCUAUUAAACACAUUGCGUGCGCCAACCUCGAACAGUAUGAUUGUUACCUCGGUGCAGGCGCCACAGAGCUCCAUGCCCAUAACUCAUAAUCUCGUAACUCAUUCAAUUGCUCCUGUGAAAAUACACACAAACAACUCCCCAUAUCCUUUACAACUAUCCACAGUGCAUGUGCCAGUUCAGAUCCCUGGCUCCACUUCUAACAUUAAUGUGCCUGUGCAAUUGUCUGGUACAACUAGUACUGUUCCUUUGCAAAUCACUCCCGUUAGUCUUCCAAUACAAGUUUCCGGAACAACUAACGUCCCUGUUCAGUUACCAGCUGGCGAAACAAUAAAUGUGCCACUACAAAUUCCUACAGGAAAUCAAAACAUCCAACUAACAGGACCCACUUUACCUUCUAUGCCCCUUCUCCAAAACACAGCUCAGCCACUUCACAAUUCUAUUAUACAUUUACACAUGGGUUCAAAUGCUCGACCAGGCAACCUAGAAGGUAAUUCAGAUAUGAAUGUACCGAGCACUCAAAUUCAACUGCCAGAAUCAGGAGUGCAGGUUAAAAUGAAUAAUCCCACAGUGACUCAAGGACAAAUGGGGUCGAAUAUAGUUCAAAUACCCAAUUCAUCGAGUAGUUCUAUACAGUUGUCUCUCCCGAACUCAUCAAAUUCUGGAGCAGUUUUGAGAGGUGCGCCGAGAACAAUGCCUCAUGUGGUGUACAUUCAAACACCAACAGGACUGAAGCCAAUGACUAAUACAGAGGUGAUUAGCCAAGCCAGCACGAGUGGCAAUCCUCCACAGAUUAUUGUCCGGAGACCUGUAACAAGCAAUUCAAAUAUCCAUUUAAUAUCAAAUGUUGGAAAUAAGCCCAAUAUUGCUCCAAAGCUUCCAGGACAAAAAGGUGCUUCAAUACUUGCACCAGCUAAUACAGCUCAACCGAUUGUGAUUCAAAAACCGAAAGGGAAUGACAAGAUGAUGGUUCCAGUCAGUAUCGCUCCUGGCACCCAGGGAAAACAAACUAUUGCAUAUUUAAGCUCAGUUAAAAAACCCAGCACAAAGAGCAUAACGGAAAACCAAUCAAUACUGAUAUCAAGCAAUCAAACAUCUGUUAAUACAAACAACCAAAAACUUUUUAUAACACCCAUGAACAUGCCAAAGAUUCAAAACACGAAAUUCAUUUUACCCGUCACUCUCCCUGCUACUAUGUCAACUAAGGGACCUGUGAUAAACCUUCAAAUAGCUAACGGACAAAUACAGAAUGAUCCUCAAGGGAACAUAACAGUCAUGCGAGAUACUCCAAUGGAGUCUUCUGAAGUGCCUCCAUUACAACCACUAGGGAAGAUAGUUACUAUUAAUGGCAAGGAUGGUUCUAUACCUCAAAGUCCGAAGACAGACAAAGGAUUUACUAUAUCCAUUCCUGGCUCUAGAGCUGAGCCCACUGGUGAGCAGGGCGAGUACACCUUAUCAAUACCAGAGACUAAUGCAUCAAUGAAUGAUGACAUUUACACUGUGUCCAUUGCUGAUGACGAUGGUGGACAGAGUCAAGAGCAAUCGUUUACAUUGGCAAUUCCUGAAAAAGGCAAAAGCCUUUUAAACAAAAACAUCUUAGAUAGAAAUGACAUAGCACCUGUUACAAUAGCGGCUCCUGCCAUAUUACGGCGUUCCAACUCCGAUAAUAGUGAACGGAAAAUAAACAAUGCUAAUAUUAAACGUCGGAUUUCUCUGUGUGUAGAGAAUCUAAACAAUAAAAACUUUAAACUAGGUCCGCCUCUCAUGAAGCCAAUGAAUAAAUCCGAUGAACACAUAGAUACUGAUAAUAACGACGAUCAUCGCGUCCCGUCCCUCUUCUGUGAUGAAAAGCUAGACAAGGAUAGAGAUUCAGACAAUGAAGAUUAUAAAGAGAAAUCUGACAAAAGCACCGCUAACGAUAUUACGUACAUCACUUUGAAACGUGAAGAUCCUGCCAUGGAAGAAGAUCCACCUGGCUUGAUAUGGAAUAACGGAGUCGCAAAGCUGCAAGGAAGCAGCAUACACUUCAGGACUAAUGAAUUUGGUAUCAUUGAUUUGAUUGACGGCAACAAAGACGACAAUUCAGUCGGGAAAUAUCACACGCCUUUGAAGCAAAGAAUUGAUAAGACAAAAGAAAAGAAAUUGUCAUCACCUGAAGACCUCUACAGAUGUGACGGGUGCGGAUGUCACGGCAUGGCCGCGGAAUUCAUCAACCAAAACUUCUGCAGUGUUACAUGCCAAACGGAAUAUCAGAAGCUAAACCACAAGAAACGGGAAAGAGAAAGAAUUGAAUUGGCGAAGAAGAGGAAUAAAAUGAAAAAGCUUUUGAUGCGGAAACAGAACUCUGAUUCUGAAAUGUUGCAAGACAAAGAGGACGGUGUUAGGAGCCAGGAACAGGAGACACAAAUAUCUGAAGUACUAUUGAUGAAAAUGAAUGAAGAACUAGUUGAGAACGAGAAAUAUCCAUGGAUGUGCGGGAAGAAUGGUUUCUCGUGGAUGCGUUACUUGGACGUCUGCAAGGCGAAAGCGGCUCCUGUUAAAUUGUUUAAGGACCCGUUCCCAUACAAUAAGAACGGGUUCCGAGUGGGGAUGCGACUAGAGGCGAUAGAUCCGCACCAUCCGUCCAUGUUCUGUGUGGUGACAGUGGCCGAGGUGCAGGGCUACAGGAUGCGCCUGCACUUCGACGAGUACCCGGACGUGUACGAUUUCUGGGUGAAUGCGGACUCGAUAGACAUAUUCCCGCCGGGCUGGUGCGAGAAGAACGGGCGCUCGCUCAAGCCGCCGGCCAGCUACACGCCGGCGACGUUCUCGUGGCCGAUGUACUUGAAGCAGAUGCGCGCUAUUGCGGCGCCGAGGCAGCUGUUCCCGCAUGUCACUACGUCGACGAUGGUGAAGCCCACCGGUUUCCGCAUCGGCAUGAAGCUCGAAGCGGAGGACCGGCACAACGACAUGGUGUGCGCGGCCACAGUGACCGACGCGCUGGACCAGCGGCUGCUGAUCAACUUCGACAGCUGGGACGACAUGUACGACACGUGGGUGGAUCCGACCUCCCCGUACAUACACCCGGUGGGCUGGGCGCAGCAGAACGGGCUGGUGUUGACUCCGCCUAAUUUCUACAAAGACCCCGAGUCGUUCACAUGGGACGCAUACUUAUCGGAGACGAUGUCGACGGCGGCGCCGCCGCGCGCGUUCAAGCCGCGCCCGCCCGUCGGCUUCAAGCCCGGCAUGAAGCUGGAGGUCGUGGACAAGAGGGUGCCGUUCCUGAUCCGCGUGGCCACGAUCAGCGCGGUGAAGGGGCACCAGGUGCGCGUGUCGUACGACGGCUGGCCCGACGAGCUGGCGCACUGGCUGGACGACGACUCGCCCGACAUACACCCGGUGGGCUGGUGCCUGAAGACCGGCCAUCCGUUGGAGCCGCCCUUGACGUUGGAGGAAGGCGCGGCGGUGGGUGUGUGCGGGGUGGGCGGGUGCCGCGGGCUGGGCUCGGUGCGGGGCGGCGCGCACAAGCAGCACGCGGCCGCGUCCGCCUGCCCCUACCGCGCGCCGCCCGCACCGCUGCCGCCCCGACUCGUGCCCAGGUCGCAAGGGAAAUCCGUAAAGUCCAUCAAUUCAUGUACCCCGACCAGCGAUACACCUAAAGAGAAGUUACCGCGUGGUCGACCUCCCAAGCACAAAAGAGUGGAGGAAGUUGCCAAAGCUGAGCCGGUAUCCGACGAGGAGUCGGUAUCGAGCAGCGGGUGCAAGCGGUGGCGCGGCUCGGGGGCGGGCGCGGGCUCACGGGCGGCGCGCGAGCCGCUGCCGCCGCGCGCGCUCGUCGCGCACCACCUGGCCGAGCUGGCGCUGUGCCCCGACCCCACCGCCUGGACGCAGAAAGAGGUAGCAGCCCUCCUAUCCCGUAUCGCGGGAGCCGCCGUAGGAGCAGCGGCAGCCGCAGCCCGGCUCUCAGGAGCUGAACUACUCAUGGCUUCCUGCGAGGAGCUGGUCCACUGCCUGCGCCUGCGUCUCGGACCAGCUGUGAAGGUGUAUGCAGCGGUGCGACACCUGCGGGAGAGGCUCUGAUCACGGCCCCUUGCGCAUUCCCGCGCCAUGUCCAUCAUCAUGUAGACUUGUGAAGUGUAGUGAAGUGAAGUGAACAUGCUAAAGUGACUCAGUGUGGAACGAUAGUGACUAGGUUUAGUGAAUGUACAGUUUUCACGGCCUCACCUCGGUUGCUUCCAUUGAUAGACUGAUUAUAGGUAUAGUGUUGGAAGCUUUUUUGCUGAUUGCCUCGCUAUGUGAUCUAUAGGUAUGGGAAAGAUAUUGAUUGCCACUUUUUGGAUUAACUGUUUUAUAUUUGAGUGCAAGCUUAAUUGACAUGCUCAGCUUAUUUAUUACCUCCAUGAUUUUAAAAGCUGUGUUCACAAAAUAAACUUUGUCUGUGUUCAUAGAGACAAUGUGCACGCUGUGAUUUUGCAAAAUAUUUUUGGGAAGACGUUCACAUGAAGCAGUUUUAUUUUGCCUGUUCUAUUGCAGCAUAGAAAUUGCGACUUAUUUUGUACAAUACAACGACAAUAUUAAAUGUUGUUACUAUAUUAUGUUGUAAAUAUUUAGGAAAUUUCUAAGUGUAUGAAACUUUUUUAUAUGUAUUAAAAUUUGAUAGACAAGCACAAAUGUAUUUGUUUAGAUUUGAGGUUGUGAUGAACAAAUCACUAAUGUAAGGGCAGAAGAACAUUUUUUUUAUCUGUGGUCAAUCAGAUUUUAUUUAUGUUUUACAUAGAUUAUAAAUCAAUGUGUCAUGUAUGUGAAAAAAAUAUUUGUUAGCAUGUAACUAAAUCACAAUUUAAUGAUUGUUACGAUGGGUAAAUCACUCCAUAUUACAAUUAAGGAACAAUUCUUUAUAUACCACAUCC